AGUAGCGUAGUUCCAGUUCUUCGAGGACGUGAAGAUCAUGUUCAUACAAAAAUAAAACAUCAAAAUGUUCACCGCUUUUAGCAACCGCUUGAUUUUUCCCGCCCCGCGGCGGAGCUACGAGAAGGACAGUUUUCCGGAGAUAUUGUGAGGAAAAAUCUCCCCUCCCCAAAUCCAAAACGAAAUUUGUGUUGCUGUAUUUGAGUACACAAAUCGAAUUGUAUUGCUAGAAGGCCAAGAGACGCAGUUGCUCCCUCGUUUGCAGGGAAUUUGUCAUGCUGUUUCCGUUUCCAGUUGCUUUCUGUCAUGCUAAAGGCGCAAGGCUUUCCUACGCCAGCCAGCACUACAAUCCGCAUCUCUUCCCUUCUAGCAUGACAACGUGAUUUGUGGUCACAAAUCAUGCUACACAAAUCUCCCUUUCGGUAUGGGGAGGGAGGAUUUUUUAUUUUGAUAGGAGAAUCUGUUUCUCCUCCCUGUCGAUGGUGCUGUUGGCAGUAGUAGUAGAGAGGGUCGUGUUUCAUCUUCUACCAGCGGUGCUGCGGAGGUGUGGUCUAGCACGACGACGUCCUCGGGUGCUCAGCACGACGAGCAAACGGGCCACAGCCCACCAGGACGACGAGAGCAGGACGAGGACUACUACGUGGCUGCAAAGAGGAGUACUAGGAGAGGUUCUGCCUCAUUCUCCACGUCGUCCUCGUCUUCCCGGGUUCUUUUUCCGGGGAUACCCGUUCUGUUUUACUACGCAAGGGAGACAUCAAACCUGCUGCAAAUUUUUGUGCCAAACCUCUACGUAAAAAGAACUUCGGUCGUUUGUUUAUGAGUUUUAGAUUUCCCGGCAAACAAAAUCCUAUCUGUAUCAUGAAGAUCACGAAUAAGUGAAAAUGAAAUACGAAACCAUAUCAGAUUUAAUUAUUAUGCCUUUAAAGUUAGCUGAAGUAGAAAGCGUAAGACCCCGUCCCAGGGCGGGGGCUGAUGAAAGUACUUAUUAUGUCCAUCACCAUCUCCGCUUCCACAGAAACAGCACUAUAGAAUUGUUCUGAAUCAGUUAUGGAGAGGCUCAGCAGGAGAACAGUUGCAGUGCAUUUUUCCCCUAUAGAACCCUUCAGCCUCAUAUCCAGGAAGAAACACCCAUCCCCAUCCAUGUUUUGCAUGACAAAUAGGAGACUUUAUGCAUGUUUUGCAUGACAAACUGGAUGGGGUGGAUGGGUGUUUUUUCCUGGAUACUUCGAAGCUCGCCGUCUCCACUGUUGCGACCGUAAACAACCCCGGCGGAGGUCGUGGUGGGACAACUGUAAACGGGAACAGACCUACGCAUAAUUGCAAAUACGUCUGGGUCUGGAACAAGGUUGCAACUUGUAAUGCUAAUUCUGGAUCGUGCAAAAAUCUGUAUUGCAUGAAUGCCAAAAGUCGUCCACUUUUGCUCAAGUUGAGUUUCUCAUGCAGGAUAGGCAUGAUAGGGAUCUCACAGAAUCUGUCAUGCGAGGUCCUGCAUUCCAGACGACAUGGAUCAUAAAAAAUCUGCAUGAUAAGUCUCGGAAUCUUCCAGAGAGACCCAGACAUUUUUGCAUUUGAUAAGACCGAGACCGAAGCAAUCUUCGUCCAAAACGCUGCUGCUUUACUUCCACGGCAAUGCAGAAGAUUUGGGGAUGUGUCAGAGCUUCUGCCAGCACGUUUGGGAUAUGCAUUGCAAAUGUCAGUCACACAAAAAGCUGUCAUGCGUGAGUACCACUGGUGUAGUUGACCUUUGGCCAUCUUGGGUGGAAAAGCAUUUCUUAUGCAGACUUCGAGGCAUUCUAUUUUUUUGCAAAGCUGUCGGGAAAUAACUUGUGAUGCUACAAAACGCCACCGGGGCCAUGCUCAACAUGCAAAACCUGCAUCACAAUAAACCUCGCAACUACCUUCCAGACCCAGACACAUUUGCAAGGCAUAUAGGAGCAGUUUCGGAUAAACGUGUGUGCGAUGGAUAUCCCACUAAAAAACUGUUUUACAACUGUGGUGAUUUUGCAAGGUCUGCAUCACAAGUCUUUUUUUACACAUGACACGGAAAAUUUGCCAUGCGCGCUCCCCAAGGGAAUAAAACACGCUUGAACAUCCAAUGUAAGUAUUGCAGGUGUAGCAAGACAAACACUUUGGUGCUUCGUUCUCUGCAUCACAAGUUCACAGUGAAGCAGUUUUUUCGUGCGAUAAUGGAAUACCCGGGCUACGGGUUACUCGACAAAUGUGGUUAUCCUGUGCAAAAGUAUCGUACUCGUAGUAAUCGCAGUCAUGCAACACAAAUUUCUUUUUCAAGCUAUUUCAGCAUGAGAAAUUCCAUUUGUCAUGCUGAGCUAGUUUGUAUUGCAAUACUACGAGUACGAUACUUUUGCAAUGCAUAGUGGUCUGCACGCGUCCGAAGAGAAUGUUUUCAAGUGUGCGCAGCAGCUUCUUCUCUGGCUGAAGCAGCACCGGGUGAUCGCGUCGUAUGAAGAUGUGAUCUGCAUGGGCCGCUCCAUCGGCUCAGGUCCGGCGACGUGGCUCUGCUCGAAGUACCCACUAGGAGGCCUCCUUCUCGUCAGUCCCUUCGCGUCCAUCGAUUCCGCCGUGCAGUCCAUUGCGAACUUCGGCACCAGUAGCUUGUCGCACGCCGACGUAUAUCAAAUGCAAAUAUGUCUGGGUCUGGAAACUUGUUGUAAUGCUGAGGUGUGAACAGUGAACCAACUCUCUGUAAUGCACAGCCAAGCAUGACAAAUAUUUGCACUUCUUAGUGUUGCGCUUUCCGCAUGACAAACUGCGUUUUCCAUGACAAACAAAUCAAUGUUGUCUCUUCUUGGACACGCAUCACAAACUCUUCAGUCAUGCCAGACAAGCAUGACGAACUUGGCAUCCUCCCAGACCCAGAGAGAUUUGCAAUGCAUAACGUCGGCGCCGGCGCGCGGGUCAAAGCUGCGCUCGUCGGCUUUCUCUUCAAGAACCUGGUCUUUCCCUGGGUAACCUACGGGGCGGCGCCGGCGGUGGCCUCGGGGUAUGAAUUGCGAAAGUAACGUACUAGUACGUAGAAAUCGCAUGACAAAUUCGCUCAGCAUGAAAAAUGAAAUUUGUAAUGCGGAUUUACGAUAGAAAAAAGAUUUGUAAUGCAAGACUUGCAUUUAUACGAGUGCGAUACUUUUGCACAGGAAACGGGGGGCACUACUACAACGACCGGCAGCCGCUCGAGCACAACCUCCACAACAAGCAGCUUGUUCCCCGAUCGGCGCGACCGGUUUCAAAAUUUACUGCACAUCCAGAACAUCAGCAACCAGCCAGUGCUAUGCACUGCAAAAGUAUCGUACUAGUACAAAUCGCAAUACAAAUUGGCUCAGCAUUACAAAUUGAAUUUGUAAUGCGGAUUUACCUAACCAACUAGAUUUGUAAUGCAUAACUGCGAUUAGGGCCCUUCCGUACGGCCAAUUUGUAUGUCCCGCAACGGGGUUCGCCUAUGUCGGUCAUUUGUAUGUGAGGCGAUGGGUUACCCGGUCGGCAGAGCCGAUCCACAACGAACGAACGAUAACUGCGAUUACUACGAGUGCGAUACUUUUGCACAGGAUAAGUACUGAUUAUCCACGGAAAAUUGGACCGACUGAUCCCGACCGAGCACAGCCUGGUAUCCUGAGUAAAAACGUCCCCACACCAGAGUCAAGAUGGGGUUUUUGCAACACAAACCUAGGAAUUUUGGGAGUCACGCAUGACAAGUUGCACUCCGCAGGGUAGCGCAGGUUAGCAAGUGCAGCCGCAUCACAGAUGCAUCUGCUUAUCCUGUUCACAACAUCACAAAUAAUUCCAAAACACGAUUGGGAAUGUGUACCAUGGGUAUGCGCAUCACAAAUUUCCUUGUCAUUGCAAAUCUGCAUGACAACUCUGGGGUGGGGACGUUUUUCCUCAGGAUACCUGGAGCUGUUUAGCAAUUGCCGAACCAACGCGCGGAAAAAACUCGUUACCCCGGACCAGAUGGAGCACAACAGCAAUUUGUUCGCGUAUUGAGAGGAAAAAUCCCCCCUCCCCAUAUUGAAAAGGCAUGUUUCCGAAAAUUUGCGUUGCUGCUUUGAGGCCACAAAUCACAUUUGUUUUGCAAGAAGACAAGGGCAGAAGCUUCCGCCCCAUUAUGGAAGCGAUUUGCCAUGCUGUUGGGCCUAAAGGGGAGCCGCUUGCCAUGCUAGACAACUAGACGCAUACGCUCCUCCCUAGCUUGGGGAUCUGACCGCAAUGCUUUCCUGCAAUACAAAGCGGAUUUGUGUACCCAAAUCCAGCAUCAGAAAUUUCGUUUCGAUAUGGGGAGGGGGGAUUUUUCCUUUUGACAUCGCGAAUCCCGACUUUUUCGCCUUGCCCGUGUUGGAAUUUUUCCAGUUCCCCGGCUUAUCAAAUGUAAAAAUGUCUGGGUCUGGAAGAAUGCAACUUGUAACGCUGUCUGCGGAUUCUAAAACUAUCUUUGUUGCAUGAGCAGCAUGAGGAGUCAGUUCUUGGCACGCGGAGAGGGCAUUGCUUAUGCGUAACUAGCUUCAAGAAGCUUUCAAAAAAUCCAUCACAGAGCUCACGUAUCAUGCAAAAUGUGCAUGACAAGUCCCGACUCUUCCAGACCCAGACACUUUUGCAUUUGAUACGGCUACAUGAGCUACAAUGCAGUGGCGAUAGACGAGGAAUUUCUAGCGAUAAAGACGAUCGCAAAGGAUGAGGAGAUGUUGGAAGACGCUGCUGGUGACCACGAGAAGAACGACCAUGAGGGAUUUUUUUUUGGCGCGUGUAUUGUGAGGAAAAAUCUCCCCUCCCCAUAUUGAAAACGAAAUUUGUGAUGCUGAUUUGUGACCACAAAUCGGCUUGUAUUGCUAGAAGGCCAAGAGAUGCAGUUGUGGCCUGCAUUGCAAGCCAUUUGUCAUGCUGUUUCCCACUUCCAGUUGCCUCCUGUCAUGCUGAAGAUGCAAGGCUUUCCCACGCCAGCCAGCGCUACGCUUCGCAUCUUUUGCCUUCUAGCAUGACAAAGCUGAUUUGUGGCUACAAAUUUGCAUCACAGAUUUUCGUUUUGAAAUGGGGAGGGAGGAUUUUUCUUCUUGAUAGCGUGUCUCCGGCCCUUUGCGAGCAAGGCAGACAGAGAUCGGGACAGGGAGGAGAUUAUCCUGUGCAAAAGUAUCGUACUCGUAUUGUGGAAUCAUGCAUUACAAAUCCUUUACCUAAGGCAAAUCCGCAUUACAAAUUUUAUUUCUCAUGCUGAGGAAAUUUGUAAUGCAUUUAUACGAGUACGAUACUUUUGCAGUUCAUAGAG